AUGCGGAUAGUGUGUGCAACAGCAGAUCAGGUUGUCUGGGCUCCUACAGAUGCCUCACGGGACGCUGAGGAAGAGGACGAGCUGACCAACAUGUCUGUCUCACUGGUAACAGACUCAUACCCGUCCAUCGACUGGUCAGUGGUCUCUGUGACCUCGGCAGGUACAAACGUCACAGGCUGGGAGCGUGAUGCCCUUCUGGCGGUGGCCGAGGUGGUGGUGCUGGCGGUCAUCUUGGUGAUGGCACUGCUCGGCAACGGGCUAGUGCUGGUGGUGUUGCUGAGGCGGAGACGACACCACAACCCGCUGCACCAGUUCAUGCUCAACCUCUGUGUGGCCGACCUGGUGGUGGCACUGUUCCAGGUGUUGCCCCAGCUGGUGUGGGAUGCAAAGGGACGGUUUCCCGGCCCGGACAUCCUGUGUCGCCUGGUGAAAUACCUGCAGGUCCUCGGGAUGUUCGCCUCAUCCUACAUGAUUGUGGCUAUGACGGUGGACCGGCAUUAUGCCAUCUGCUGCCCUCUGCAGGCGCACCGCAGCGGGGCCACCCAGCGCUGGAACACCUUCAUCCUGCUGGCCUGGGGGAUGUCGCUGCUGCUCAGCCUGCCACAGGUUUUCAUCUUCUCCCGUUCAGAAGUGGCUCCCGGUAUCUAUGAGUGUUGGGGCAACUUUGCCGAGUCCUGGGGCCUCAAAGCCUACGUGACGUGGAUGACCCUGGCGGUCUUCAUCCUCCCUGCCCUCAUCAUCACUGUCUGCCAGGUGCGAAUCUUCAAGGAGAUCCACAACAACCUGUACCUAAAGUCAGAGCACCGCCUGUCCCCCGCCUCCCUCACUCCAUCCAGACGGGACAGCCAAAGAGGAGGAGGAGGAGGCAGCAGAGGCAGGUCCAGUCUCUCCUUGUAUGUUUCACCACACAUCUUAAACAACCCUGGGAGUCAACCCAGCUUUGACCCUGCAUCCAUCUAUCAGCACCUGCCCAUGGGUCCACUCAGGUCCAACACCGCGCUGCAGCCUGACGUACUGCCUGACCCUGCAGCGCCCUCUGCUGUCUACUGCCCCCCGCCCAAAGCCCCCCCUGCCCGUGGUGGGGAGGUAUCAGCGGCCAUGUCAAAGACAGUGAGGAUGACGCUGGUCAUAGUGCUCGUCUACUCACUCUGCUGGGCCCCGUUCUUCAGUGUCCAGCUGUGGGCCGCCUGGGACCCCAACCCACCUCAAAACGGUGCCGUGUUCACCCUGCUGAUGCUGCUGGCCAGUCUGAACUCCUGCACCAACCCCUGGAUCUACUCUGCCUUCUCCAGCAGCAUCUCUCCGGAGCUCCGCCUGCUGCUGCUCUGUCGCCGACACAAAGCGCACAGAGGCUCCUUGCCCAACGACUCCACCACCACACACACCUCCAACUAGUGAACAAUUAUACACGAGCCCAAAAACAUCUGCAAAAUCCUGUCAUGUCACACAUAAGACACGCGACUGAGUCUGUAAGGUGUAACUCUCUGGACAAUACUAACGUUACAAAACUAGAGUGCUUACUUUUCUACCUGAUUGUUGUUAAAAAAAUUUGUUGACAUUUUGGGAAAUACACUUUUUCUUGCAGAGAGUUAGAUGAGAAGAUCGAUCCAUGAAUGAAGAUGUAUGAUAAAGUAAUAAGAUAACAAGAUAUGAAGCUAAGGUUAACACAGCCAGGGACAGCUUCGAAUAUAGACUGGAAAUGGGGAAAUGGGGAAAUAGCUAGCCUGGCUCUGUCCGAAAGCUCCCUAAUUAACACAUUAAAUCUUAUUUGUUUAAUUUGUAUAAAAAAACAAAGUCUAAAAAUGAGAAAUUUUGGUUUUACAUGCGGCUAUGCGCUGGAUUAUUUAUUGGCCAACGGCAGU